CCCGAAACAAAAAAAAGAAAGAUUGCGAAAUUGCAGUGAACUGAAGUUCAAUCUAUACACCUGACACUUUUAUUCGUUGGGCAACACAGUCGCUGUAUUGAGGCGCUACAGGUUUUUCAGGCAGGGAAGGUACAAGAGGCACAAACAUGGGAGAAUGGGGCUUUCUCUCCAAGCUCUUGGACAAAGUGCAGUCUCACUCCACUGUCAUUGGGAAGGUGUGGCUCACGGUUCUCUUUGUGUUCAGGAUCAUGGUUCUAGGGGCCGGUGCGGAGAAGGUGUGGAGCGACGAACAAUCAAAAAUGAUCUGCAACACCAAACAACCUGGUUGUAAAAAUGUGUGCUACGAUCAUGCUUUUCCCAUCUCCCACAUUCGCUUCUGGGUCAUUCAGAUCAUCUUUGUAUCCACGCCGACGCUUCUGUAUUUCGGCCACGUUUUGCAUGUCCUUCACAAGGAGAAAAAAAUAACACAAAUGCUGGAAAGUGAGGCUGAGAAGAAAGGCAUCAAGCCACAUAAAUAUAUAGAUGAUCGUGGCAAGGUUAUAAUCAAGGGGCAAUUGUUAGGUAGCUACCUGACCAGCCUGUUCGUGAAGAUUCUGCUGGAGGCUGCGUUUAUCACAGGCCAAUACUAUAUUUAUGGAUUCAUAAUGUUUCCCAAGAUCGAAUGUUCCCAGUUUCCUUGCCCUCAUACAGUCGAGUGUUACAUGUCUCGACCCACAGAGAAGACCAUCUUUAUCAUCUUCAUGUUGGUGAUGUCAUGUCUCUCUCUGCUUCUGAAUGUGGUGGAGAUGUUCUACCUGAUAUGCCGCAGGUCAAAGAGACGUCGCAGCACGCAUACAAGGACGUACCCUCAUGGAUUAAACGGAUCGAAAAUGUACAUUACAGGGAAUGCGGGUUCUAGCAAAAUUUAA